CAUUUAGUGGGUUUUGGAACUUCCAUUUCCCCCUCUUCGUUGUCAUAUACCAGGGUUUAAGUAAUUCCUUUGUGGAAUCAUGGAGUCUCUAGCUAAAUUGCGCUGCACUCACCAACCCCUCCUUAACCUCUCCCUUAACCACCGUCGUCCUUCAUUUCCAAAACCCCUUUCUUCUGUAUCAUACAGAACGCUACGCCCGUCUUCUUCAUCGUCUCCGUUCAAAUUAUGCUCCAUCAGAGCCUCAUCUUCAUCACCGCCGUCCUCCUCCGGCCCACUUCAUCGAAUCCUCCAAACCCAUAAACCCUCCCUACUCCAAACUAUAACCCCCAUAUUGAAAACCACCUGCAUCGCUGUAGCAGCUACCGCAUUGUUCUUCCUGCGGCUCAACCACAAGCCCGUGAUAGCCGCCCCAGCUACAACAGCAGCGACGGUGGAGUCCGGGACUAAAGAAUCAACGGAUAGUGAUGUCUCGCUUGAAGAGCAGGAGAGAACUCUGGAUGAAUACUUAAUUCGGUACCCAGAUGAUCUCAAGGCUCUAAGGUCCCUAAUGGAGGUUAAGAUCAAAUUGGGCAAGCUCCAGGAGGCGAUUGAGGUUAUCAAUCGUAUGAUUGAGCUUGAGCCGGAAGAAAUUGAAUGGCAGAUGUUAAAAGCACAAAUUCGUACCUUCAGUGGGGAGCACGAGUCGGCGAAGAAAGAGUUUGAGGCAAUAUUAGUGAAAGACCCUUAUCGUGUUGAGGCUUACCAUGGCCUUGUAAUGGCUUAUUCGGAUUCGGGUCAAGAAUUGAAGGAGUUGGAGAAGAGGAUUAGUGAGGCAAUGGAAAAGUGCAAGAAGGAGAAGAAGACCAAGGAUUUAAGGGAUUUUAAGCUGUUGAUUGCUCAGAUACGGUUAAUUGAAGAUGAACACUUUGCGGCUUUGAAGAUUUACCAGGAGCUGGUGAAGGAGGAGCCAAGAGAUUUUAGGCCAUAUUUGUGCAUGGCCAUCAUUUAUACUUUGUUGAAGAAGAAAGAUGAGGCUGAGAAGCAUUUUGCCAAGUUCAGAAACCUUGUGCCAAAGAGUCACCCUUAUAGGCAGUAUUUCGAUGACAGUAUGUUCGCAACCAAGCUCUUUGCAGAAAAAGCAGAGAGGGAGGCAGCUGGGAAGAGCUGAGUAAGUGGCUUCUCAGCUAUCCAUUGGAGGUGAAAAGAUAGGUGGAUUAGCUUCUUUUUUCCAUUUUUUUUAAUUUAAUAUUUUCAGAUUGUUCUUAAUUUUGUUUCUCUUUAUUGCAAUACAUUGAGUAAUUAGUUAAUAUUAAAAGUGUAGGUAAUUAAAAUUAGAUCAUGCAUUUCUAAGGCGGCAGUGCGAGGUUAAUAAGUGACUAGUCCAAUGAAGAGGGCAUAUCCAAGACAAUCUAUAUGCGUCACAAAUCAGGUAAUUGAUUUGCCGUUCUCUUUUAUCCUAGAGUAGAUGCAGUUCACUACAAAUGAAAGUUGCAAAACUCACACUUUGAUCUACUGAUCAUGUGGGGUUUAAAACAUUAAGUUUGUUCACUGCUUUUAACAUAAGAAACUUAUGUAGACUAUCCAUCACCUAGAUAAAAGUUGGUUGCCCAGUGUUGUUGUUCUUAUCACUUGCUGGCCUUCACUAUAUCUGCAUUUUGCUAGCAGUUGUUUUGUUGGCUUCUUUGAUGGUUAGCAAGCACUGAGUGGAGAGUGCAUGUAAGUUGUUCUGUUGGGACAUGUUGGCAAUAAAUGCUGCCAGGACCC